GGCAGAAACACUCAGUUGGGUCGAGUGUGUGUCGGUGAAACGUUUUAAAGAGAGCGAAGAAUCAUGAGAGUGAGAGAGAUAUUCAAUGGAGAAACUGAACCAAACAUUCUAUUUAUCGCAUGGAUCUCCAAGGUUGAGCAUAGAUGACACCUUGGAGGCAAGACAGUUCUUCAAAUCAUGGUCUGAAAAAGUUUUUCAACACAAACCCAAAUCUAUUUUAGUCAUCUCUGCUCACUGGGACACCGAGUUUCCAUCCGUCAAUACUGUUCUCCACAAUUCCACCAUCCAUGAUUUCAAUGGUUUUCCUGAUCCCAUGUACAAGCUGAAAUAUGAAGCACCAGGAGAUAUUGAACUGGGAAACAGGGUUAAAGAAUUGCUAAUAGGAGAAGGAGGACUAAAACGUGUUGAUGAAGAUACAGAGAGAGGACUUGAUCAUGGAGCUUGGGUUCCUCUUAUGCUAAUGUAUCCAGAGGCGGAUAUACCGGUUUGUCAACACUCUGUUCAGUCAUCUCAAAGUGGGACUUACCAUUACAACAUAGGCAAAGCAUUGGCUCCACUGAAAGGAGAAGGUGUUCUUAUCAUUGGAUCUGGAAGUGCCACUCAUAACUUGAAGAAGCUUGAAUUUAGCAUCCCCAAUGGCUCACCGGUUCCUUGGGCUUUAGAGUUUGAUCAUUGGCUCAGAGAUUCUCUCCUUCAAGGAAGAUAUGGAGAUGUGAAUGAGUGGGAAGAGAAAGCUCCAAAUGCUAAAAUGGCGCAUCCGUGGCCUGAGCAUUUGUACCCAUUACAUGUUGCAAUGGGUGCAGCUGGUGAUGGUGCCAAGGCAGAUCAAAUCUACACAAACUGGCAAUUUGGUUCUGUUUCUUAUUCUUCUUAUAGCUUCACUUCUUCCCUUUGAAACAUUUCGUUUUGUAUCUCCUUCACUUUUUGUGUAUCUACUUCAGUAAAAGCUUUCUGUAUUUCACUUAUAUCUUUAAUAAUCAUUGUCCAUGUAUGAUAUUCAAAUACAACUCCUAUUUGUAAUAAUGGUGUAUGAAUGAUCCAAGUGAACUUGACUAAACUGAAUUCUCUGUAAAUUAGUUGUAACAUUUAUCUAUAUAAAGCCUUUCUGC